AUGUACACAGCUACAUUGGACGUUGAGGCGGGGCCCGUCUGUGGGGCUGGGGCUCCCGCAGGCUGCCUUGCUGUUCUAGACAGUCUGAGCUGGGCAACGAUUUUCCAGUUUCGCUAUCGCUGUCGCUUCAUCAGGGAAAGAGAUCUACUUCUAGCCGGAGCCGCGGGGGCAGGGCCGGCCCCGCCGUGGCAACUGUUGCUAGGGCGGGAUGGGCGGCUCCAAUUGGCAGAGGACGCUGUCCGUCCAAGGGGCGGGGAUGUGGCUCUGAUUGGUCGGUCGCAAGGAGGGGGCGGCACCUGCUCCUUUGUGACGUGGGACGAAGAGGCGGGAACAGCUGCCGCCGCUCGGCCCCGCGUCCUUUCCCCACCCCCUCCUCCCUCGCCGAGGCCGAUCCUGCGGCCGGCGACACGAGGAGCUGGAGCCCGAAGCGUGCGGGCGGAGGGGGAUGUCAGUUUCAAGUCGUCCACGCACCUGAAGGUGCACAGGUGCCUGCACACCGGGGAGCAGCCCUACACCAGCAGCGACUGCGGAAAGAGCUUCACCCACUCCAGCAGCCUGCUGGUGCACCAGCGCACCCACACCGGCGAGCACCCCUACACUUGUGCCCAGUGCGGCAAGGGCUUCACCCGCUCCACCAGGCUGCUGGAGCACCAGCGCACCCACACCGGGGAUCGACCCUACACCUGCGUCCAGUGCGGCAAGGGCUUCACCUGCUCCACUAGCCUGCUGGAGCACCAGCGCACCCACACUGGCGAGCGCCCCUACACCUGCGCCCAGUGCGGCAAAGGCUUCACCAAGUCCAACAACCUGCUGCAGCAUCAGCGCACCCACACCGGCGAGCGUCCCUACACCUGCGUCCAGUGCGGCAAGGGCUUCACCCGCUCCACCAGAUUAGUCCAACACCAGCGGGUGCACAGCAGUGAGCGGCCCUUCACCUGCUCCGACUGCGGCAAAGGCUUCAAGUGGUCCAAGGAACUGAAGUUGCACAGGCGGCUGCACACCGGGGAGCGGCCGUUCACCUGCAGCAACUGUGGCAAGGGCUUCACCAGAUCCACCAGGCUGCUGGAUCACCAGCGCACCCACACCGGCGAGCGUCCCUACACCUGCGCCCAGUGCGGCAAGAGCUUCUCCCAGUCCAGCUACUUGCUGGAGCACCAGCGCACCCAUACCGGCGAGCGCCCCUACACCUGUGCCCAGUGCGGCAAGGGCUUCACCAACUCUAGCAACCUGCUGAAACACCAGCGCACCCACACCGGCGAGCGUCCCCACACUUGUGCCCAGUGCGGCAAGGGCUUCACCAGCUCUAGCAACCUGCUGAAACACCAGCGCACCCACACCGGCGAGCGUCCCUACACCUGCGCCCAGUGCGGCAAGGGCUUCCCCCGCUCCGACAGCCUGCUGGAUCACCAGCGCACCCACACCGGCGAGCGUCCCUACACCUGUGUCCAGUGCGGCAAGGGCUUCACCCAGUCCAGAACCCUGCUGAAACACCAGCGCACCCACACCAGGGACUGGUCCUACACCUGCACCCAGUGCGGCAAUGGCUUCACCCGUUCCGACAGCCUGCUGAAACACCAGCGCACCCACACCGACGAGCGUCCCUACACCUGCAUCCAGUGCGGCAAGGGCUUCAGAUGGUCCAGCAGCCUGCUGAAGCACCAGCACACCCACACCGGCAAACGCGCCUACACCUGCGCCCAGUGCGGCAAGGGCUUCACCCAAUCCAGCAACCUGCUGAAGCACCAGCGCACCCACACCGGCGAGCGCCCCUACACCUGCGCCCAGUGCGGCAAGGGCUUCAUCUGCUCCACCCAACUGCUGUCCCACCAGCGGCGGAUACACACCGGAGAGAGACCAUUUGUGUGCGCUGAGUGUGGCAAGGGCUUCAGCCGCAUGUCCAGCCUGUGGCAGCACCGGCGUACCCACAGUGGUGAGCGUCCCUUCCCCUGCCCGUCCUGUGGUACGAGCUUCACCCACCUUGACCAACUGCUCGAGCACCGGCGAGUCCACACUGGCCAGCGCCCCUCCACCUGCCCGCUCUGCGGUGCUUGGAAGCAACGAAAGAUAAAAUAUGAGGGGUUUAUUUUCACCAAGUUUACUCGUCAGAUGUCCAGAGAAAGCGCAAGGAGAUGCGUCAUUUCCGGGCUGGAUUCUGGAGAGAGGGGCAUCACCUCGGAAAUGACGUCGCGGACAGACCCCGCCCCUUUGCCCCGGGACGGCCUCACUCAGCCCGGAAAUGACGGCGAUGCCCCCGGCCCCAAGAUGGAGCCGACCCGCACUGGACCAAGACCUUUGCACUGGACGAAGGAGAAGCGUUAUGAGUGCGACGUGUGUGGCAAGGCCUGCCGGAGCCCGAGCGAGCUGGAGAUCCACCGGCGGGUGCACACGGGCGAGAAGCCCUAUGGCUGCUCCACCUGCGGUAAGAGCUUUACCCAGUUGAAGGGGCUGCGGCAGCACCAGCGGGUGCACAGCAGUGAGCGGCCCUUCACCUGCCCCGACUGCGGCAAAGGCUUCAAGUCGUCCAAGGACCUGAAGGUGCACAGGCGCGUGCACACCAGCGACUGCGGCAAGGGUUUCACCAAGUCCAGCAACCUGCUGGUGCACCAGCGCACCCACACCGGCGAGCGCCCCUACACCUGUGCCCCGUGUGGCAAGGGCUUCACCACCUCCACCAGGCUGCUGAUACACCAGCGCUCCCACACCGGCGAGUGUCCCUACACCUGCACCCAGUGCGGCAAGGGCUUCACCCACUCCGGCAACCUGCUGGUGCACCAGCGCACCCACACUGGC